GGGCUGGUGCUGGCGGCCGACGGGCAGUGGACGCAGCAGCUGCACGGGCUGCUGCUGGGCGACGCCAGCCUGGCGGCCCGCAGGGACUUCAUCUCCGGCUUCACCGCCCUGCACUGGGCCGCCAAGAGCGGCAACUGCGACAUGGUGACCAACAUCAUCCGCGCGGCCGAGAAGGGCGGCUCCCGCGUCAACGUGGACGCCCGCUCGCACGGCGGCUACACGGCGCUGCACCUGGCCGCCAUCCACGGCCAGGAGAAGAUCAUCACCAUGCUCGUCUACAGCUACCACGCCAAGAUCGACCUCAGGGACUACAGCGGGAAGAAGCCGCACCAGUACUUGAAGGAAGGGACGUCCCUGACGAUCAGGCGCUUGCUCGGGGACCCCAGCCUUUCCCAGAGCAUGGAGCACUCCGUGCCCAUCAAGAAGUCCACAAAGCUCGCGGCUUCAAUCCUGAGCUCCACUAGCACUUUCCUGGGAGUCAUAUCCGAUGACAUGGCUUUCUACGACCUCACCAAAGGCUUGAGGAAGCCCUCAACUUUAAACAAGCUUCUGUCUGCCACUACGGGCCCGAGGAGGAAGCCGAAGACCAGGGGGGGCUUCCCUUCCUAUUCCUCCCUCUCCGAGGUAGCGGAGGAGGAGGAAGAGGUUGUGGUGAAACGCAGACCUGUUUCUGAGCUGUUCUUUGGCCACUAGCCUCUGCCUUACUGUGAUCAAAAUGCUUUGAUAGCACGGCUGGUGUCUCAGCUUUCUCUUGCAGAAGCAGUUUGGAUUUUUUUCUCUCCGUGUCUUGUCUUUUUGGAUGUUUAACUGAAUCAGUGAUAGGGUUCUACAUCCAAAGCCCGCAGCAUGAAACCCAGCCCCAGGUGCUUGUGGAAAGAGAAGUGCUAUCCAUGCUGUGUGUACUAUCGUGCUGAUCUACUGGUGGGGACCACAGACUUUGUGCUUAAUGGUUGUUAAACUAAAACAGCUUAUGUGUGUGUGGGGACAGGUCAAAAUGCCCGAGGGACAGCCUUUUUGAUCUGUGUUCUUCAGCUGGAGAGCAGAAGCAAGGUGAAGAUUUGCAUAUUUUACACUGUGAACAGCAAGCUGAUAGCUGGCUACUUUAACAAGGCUUGUUAUCUAACAGGAUUAAAUUAUCAGAGGAAAGAUGCGUAGUUUUCUAUGUUGUUUCUGAUUAUUUUGGUAGCAGAAGAAGGAUAUUUCUAUUUAGAAAAAUUGUCUACUUUUUCAAAACAAAGUUUCUCACUUUGAGACUUUCUCACUCAGUAUUUCACAUCAGAAAUACUAACAUAACAAUCUUAAUUGCUGCCUGAUGCAUUUUAUUAGAGGAAUUACUUAAAAAGAUAGACCCUGACCUUCACUGUGACUUGUCUACCUCAGUCUGAAAUCUUGGCUAGUGGUUUAAGUGUUUCUCUCUUCUUGAAAGACUUUUUGACCAGGUGGUACUUGCCACAUGUCUUGAUGAUGCUGUGAACAUUUAAACUUACUUCGAUCAACUUAAGCUGAAUAAAAAACCUUGUUGAGAGUGAAAAACUGAACUGCAAAACUUGGAAUUGGAUCUGUCAGUUUCUAAGUAGCCAACUGCAAACAAAGUUAGGCUUGUAUGUCUGAUUCUUUUUGUUUAAAACUUGUCCCAUUUUGACCUAUUUACAAUAAAUAUUUAUAAACAUUGGGCUUUAUGUAAUAUUAGGUGUUUCAUGAUAGAAACUUGGCGUGACCUCUUGAAGCAGUGUUUAUCUCAACAGCAUGACUUACUGACCUAAAACGAACUCCUCUUCCUCUUUUACAUGAUAAACAUAGUUGUUCUAUAUGUAGAACUACACAUAGCUCAAAAAGCAUGCUAACUGCAUGUUAGGUUUGCAGUAAGACUAUUAUUUUUUUAAUUACUGCUUGGUUAAAGUUAAGGCAAAGAGGCAGAGCAAUGAACAGAAACUGUCUGAUUUCUGGGGCUAAACCAGCACGUUUUCUCUGAAACUGUGACUAGAAACCUGUAUCAUUGAGAGGUGAGAGCAAUGCUGUGCUGGCUUUGUUUGGGUUUCUGUAUCGAAAUACUAGUUUGCAUGCUUUGCCUUUCCUUCCAAGUCAGUGACUUCAGGAAUGUUUUGUUCUCUGCCUUGCAUUAAACCUAGUACUUGUAUGUAAUUGGUUCUAAUUGGCUUGUCCCAAGCACCCACAAGAAAUGCUGUAGGACUGCUCUGUUUACUUCAGAACACUCUCCCUGAAGUUCCUGGAGUUGGUGCCAUUUGCUGGGAGUGUGAUCAGAGGUUGCAGCCAGCUCUGAUGCACCUGUUCUAGGAGGAGGCUGGAUUAUUCUGCACCGGUCUGCUUCUGGAUUGAACUAAUUAAGUUGUUAAGCAAAGGUUAAUGAUCAAGCACCUCAUGACUUCUAUAUCUGGAGUAGGGUUUAAAAAAAAUAAAAUCCAAUUUGCUUUCUGUCUGUUGGUGUGACCAUUGACCAGUGUGGUGCUUUGAACCCUCGAUUUUUGCUGUGCUCUGUCAGCCUGCAGAGUUCUGGGAAGAACAGGGCUCUGUUUUACAGUGGCUUUCCAAGUGCACAGACUUGGAACUCUU